GACAAACCGACAGCAGUUCGGCCCGGCUCGCGGCCAGGCUGUGUGAGGACUACGGCUGGGAGCCAUGGCCGAGGCGGUCCCUCCUCCGAAUAAGGGAAAACGACGCUCUACACCCAUAAAUUCCUCUUCAUUCCUGCCUUCAGCCUCAGAGAAAGAUUCAUACCUACAGACUACAGAGAUUUCUCUCUGGACUGUGGUGGCAGCCAUUCAGGCAGUGGAGAAGAAGGUGGAAUCCCAGGCUGCUCGAUUACAGACCUUGGAGGGGCGGACGGGGACUGCUGAGAAGAAACUGGCUGAUUAUGAGAAGACAGCAGUAGAGUUUGGGAACCAGUUAGAGGGCAAAUGGGCUGUGUUGGGGACCUUAGUACAGGAGUAUGGGCUGCUCCAGAGGAGGCUAGAGAACAUGGAGAACCUGCUCAGAAACAGGAACUUCUGGAUCCUGAGGCUUCCUCCAGGCAGCAAGGGUGAAGUCCCCAAGGUCCCUGGGACUUUUGAAAAUGAUGGAGUGUAUUUCUCAGAGCAAGAAUGGGAGAACCUGGAUGACUGGCAAAAAGAACUUUACAGGAAUGUGAUGAAGAGCAACUUUGAGACCCUUGUCUCUUUGGACUGUGCCAUUUCCAACCCUGAGAUAUUGGCCCACCAGGAAGAAGAAUGUGGUACAGAGGAACUAGGGGAUUUGACAGGGGUGAGCCCUGGUGGUCCCCACCUAGCAGAUGGAGUUAUGAUCAAACAGGAGAUGAAAUAUCAUCAAGAAAGCCCCGAAGACUUGCCUGGAGAGUUUUCUGGAAGUAUUGAACAGCAUGCUUUGCUAAUUCCUGAGCAGGCUGCAACCUGGGAUGGCCAGGGCAACUCCAUCCUUCUGGAGACUGACCCAGAGGUUGCUAAACUGGAAGACCCCAUUGAGUGUGACCAAGACCGAAGCGAUGCUAAAACAUUGGGCUAUCAUCGGAAGCGGAAAUCUAGUGGGCAAACCCGAUCAGGUCAGGAGUGCAGACAGGGCAUCAGGUUGAAAAGGAGCUUGGCCCAUCCACGGAGCCCCCCAGUCACUGGUUCAUAUGAAUGCUCUGAGUGUGAUGUUAGUUUCCGAUACAAGCAGCAGCUGGCUGUUCAUAUGAGAACCCACCCUGGUUGGGGGUCCUUUGGGGAUCCAGAGCCUGAGGAGACUCUGCGGCCCAGACCUCAGCUUAAACCACAGGCCAAGAAGGUGAAACCACACCGGUGUGAGGAGUGUCUGAGAAGUUUUAGCUGUAAAGCCAGCCUUGUGACCCACCAGCGUUGCCACCUACAGGAAGGCUCCAGUGCGGGCCAGCGAGUCCAGGAGAGGUUCUCACCCAACAGCCUGGUUGCACUACCGGGCCACAUCCCCUGGCGGAAGAGCCGCAGCUCACUUAUCUGUGGGUACUGUGGCAAGAGCUUCAGCCAUCCUUCUGACCUUGUGCGGCACCAGCGCAUCCACACAGGUGAACGACCCUACAGCUGUGCACAGUGUGAGAAGAGUUUUGUCCAGAAGCAGCACCUAUUACAGCAUCAGAAGAUCCACCAGAGAGAACGGGGUGGGCUGGCCCUAGAACCUGGAGGGAAUGAUGGGCUGCUCUAAGGACGCCGGCCCCUCA